GCGUCUCGCUGACAGUCAUAAGAGCGGCGCCCGGGCAGGAUCGAGCUCCACGCAUCCGAGUCAUGGCUUCUCUGUCCCCGUCUUCUCCUACUAUCGCUGCUUGUGCAUUUUUCACUCUCCUUGUCGUCCACUACAUUCGGGCGACGAGCAACUGGAGAGCCCGCAGCCGCGGAAGACCUCUCCCUCCAGGCCCGAGACCUCUGCCCAUUGUCGGCAAUCUGUUCGAUAUCCCGAAGUCCACACCAUGGGCCGGAUACCGUGACCUAUGUACGAAGUACGGUGACAUCAUCUUCUUCCGCACGCUCGGUCAGGCAAUGGUUAUCCUCGGCACCCCUCGGGCAGUAUUCCAGCUUCUGGAGAAGCGGUCGGCGAAUUAUUCUGACCGGCCGCAAUCCCCGAUGUUUGAUCUGAUUGGUUGGGAAUGGGACUUUGGGUUCAUGGCCUAUGGACAGACCUGGCGGAAACAUAGACGUCUCUUCUGGCAACAUUUUCACCCAGGUGUCAUCUCAAAAUACCAUGGCAUCCAGGUGGAUGUAUCUCACCGGUUCCUGAGCAAGCUCUAUACAAGCCCUGAGAGGCUCGAGGAACACAUCAGACAUGCAUUCGCUGCAAGCGUGCUGAAGACUGUGUAUGGCGUCGACGUCGCCGAGCAGGGCGAUAAAAUCAUUGAGGUCAUCGAUGCUGCCAUGGAAGGCGUCGCCAAAGGUCUCACACCAGGGGCCUUCCUCGUGGAAUACUUUCCCUUCUUGCGGCACAUACCCGAAUGGCUACCUGGCGCCGGCUUCCAGAAGAAGUUACGAAGAUGGAGAGACGCAUCCCAUGAGAUGGUGGACAUUCCAUUCGCCCAAGCUAAGGCCGCGAUGAAGCGUUGUGACCCGACGCCCUCGAUUGUGGGCACUAUCCUCGGGAAUUUGGCUCACUUGGAAGACUCUGCGGCUACCGAGGAAGAACAUCUCGCCAGAAACGUGGCAGCUAUCUCCUACGCGGGGGGAGCCGACACGACGAUUUCCACGUUUCAAACUUUCUUCCUUGCCAUGUCACUUCAUUCCGAAGUAGUGGAGAAGGCACAGACGGAACUCAUGACUGUAGUAGGUCCGAAACGGCUGCCCGACCAUUCCGAUCGCAGUGACCUCCCCUACGUGAACGCGAUCGUCAAAGAGUGCCUCCGGUGGCAGAACGCGGUUCCGCUGUGCAUCCCUCAUGCCGUGUUGGAAGACGACGAGUACGACGGAUACUUCAUCCCCGCGGGUACGGUAGUCUUCCCGAACUCUUGGCAAGUGGCCAUCCUUCAUGACCCGGAGAUGUACCCACAACCCGAGCGCUUCAUUCCGGAGCGUUUCUUGAAGGAAGGGAAGCUCGAUCCGGACAUCAGGGACCCCGCAACGGUUGCAUUUGGCUUCGGGAGAAGGAUUUGUCCAGGACGAUACUUUGCGGAGGCAGCGUUGUUCAUUCAGAUCGCCCGCGUGCUGCAUGUCUUUGACAUAGGUCGCCCGCUCGACAAACACGGUGAGGUCAUCUACAUCGAGCCGAAAAUGAAGGACGGCAUUCUCUCGUAA